UUGCUCCUCACAUACACUCCCUUAGAAAACCCCGAAAAUGUUUUCUUUUAAUGCUUCAAAUUUGCAAGAAAAGAAAAAAAAAUAGAAAUAAGUUGUUAAAGCAUAUCAUUUUGUAUGGGAAAUUUAGUGAAAAGUCCUUAUUUAAGAAAUUUAUUGGUCCAAAAGACCUAUGCAACUUUUCUUCAUUUGCAUAUAACAUAUUUUUAACUAUAUGUAAAAUUAAAGUCUUAAAAAAUAAAAGCUGUUUAGAUAUAAUUGAAGAAAUGUUGUACAGAACUGAAAAAGAAUGCUCAAAUCCAUGUCUUUUUUGGCGCAUUUAAGUCUUACAAACAGACAUUUUUCGCCAAAAUUUUAUUGUUCAUCUUGUUAUAAAUCUGUCAACGAGCUUUUCUUUUCUCAUACUAUAAAAGAGGGGGAAAUGAUAGACUCAGAGGUGGACCCGCCAUCGACAACGGCGACACCGGCGCCACUGUUCUCGUCGGGAAGGGUGGAUUCACUGUCAUCCACUCAGAAUUCGAUGCCCUUAAAGUGUGAGUGUAUACCAACAAUCAGGACUCAUUCCAGCUUCUCCAUUCGCAACGCCUCUCUCUCACGCAAGACAGGAGCAGAGUUUUUGGGCACCUUCAUAUUGAUGUUUGCAGCAUCGGCAGGACCCAUAUUGAACCAGAAAUACAACGGCGUUGAGGGCCUCAUCGGAAACGCUGCUUGCUCCGGCUUAGCCGUCACAAUCGUGGUCUUGUCCAUUGGCCACAUCUCCGGCGCUCACCUCAACCCCUCCGUCACCAUCGCCUUCGCCGCCUUCCGCCACUUCCCCUGGGUCCACGUCCCCGCCUACAUCCUCGCUCAGGUCGCCGCCUCCAUCUGCGCCUCAUUCACCGUCAAGGGCAUCUUCCAUCCGCUGGUGAACGGAGAAGUGACCGUCCCUUCCGUGAGUACGAGUCUUGGACAGGCUUUUGUGCUGGAGUCCAUCAUCACUUUCAAUCUUAUGUUCGUUAUCACUGCCGUCGCUACUGAUACUCGCGCUGUUGGAGAAAUGGCUGGGAUUGCUAUUGGAACCACAGUUUUGCUCAACAUUCUCAUUUCUGGGCCGGCAAGUGGGGGAUCAAUGAACCCGGUGAGGACGUUGGGGGCAGCGGUGGCGGUGGGAAAUUACAAGGACUUAUGGCUAUACUUCAUUGCGCCCACCAUCGGAGCUCUGGCCGGCGCCGGUGCUUAUACUAUGAUCAAGCUCCGGGACGACGACCCCAACCCACAACAUCAAGUUUGAUUAUACAAGCUUCCCUCAUUGUGUAGUGUGUGUUGUUUGUCAGAUGGGGGCAACGGAACAUGUUUUUGCUGCUACAAGUCCAAGUCUUCCCAAAAGGGCUUGUUUGGAUUGUUUCUUGUGUUACAGCUUGGUGGAUUUGGUUUAGUUACGUGUCUUUU